AUGCAGGACGCCCCAGCAGAAGAGGAGCCCGAGGUGGCGCCGGCCCAGCUUGCUGAGAAUGCUCAGGGCAAGGAGGACGGGAAGGACGAGAAGCGAGUCUGGCGUAUAAGGACAGUUCCCACUAGCCUGAUCAAGUUCCAUGCUUUCCAAAAAGGGAGAGGUCAGCCUGAGGCCAAUCUGAAGAAGACUCGAGAACGGAAUGAAAGUUUGGAGGGACGCUGCGGCUUGGGUUGCAUGGUUAUUCCCUGCUGCCAGCGUUUAAACAACAUCUAUUGUUUCAUGAUUUUCUACUGCCUCCUGGUCACCUCUCAAGGUAUUGUGUUUGGUCUCAUAGAUCUAAGCAUUGAUACUUUUCAGAAGGCCUAUCAUCUGAGCAACGUUGAGAAUUUAUUGUUAUCUUUGACUUAUGAUAUUUCAUCUUGCCUGAUAGUAGUGUUUAUAUCAUACUAUGGAGGAAAAGGAAACAUACCAAGAUGGAUUACGUUUUCCUCCUUUUUGGUAGGAUUUGGAUCACUUUUAUUUGCUUUUCCAUACUUUAGUGAUGGAAAUUAUCAAUCAAGUAUAAACAUUGAAGAUAUUUGCCAAGAAAUGAAGACUUCCAAGAUUUGCAAGAAAUCCUCAUCAUUCUCAACAAAAUAUAUAGCUUCCUUCAUCCUGGGGCAGACUGUGCAGGGAAUAGCAGGAAUGCCUCUUUAUAUCCUUGGAGUAGUCUUUAUUGGCAAUAGUGUUGCCACACACUCAGCUGGUAUUUAUAUAGGCUUAAUUGAAUCUUCAGUAGUGCUUGGAUAUUCUUUGAGUUAUGUGAUAGUAGCACUCCUUAUUAAGGGCACUGAGAACAGUACUUUUGCAUUUAGCGGUGAAGACACUGAUGGUGAUCAAAGAUGGAUGCAGAAAUGGUGGAUUUAUUUUGGUUUGGUCUCACUUAUUGCAUGGUCUACAUUAAUACCAUUGUCAUGCUUUCCACACAGUAUACGAGGUACAGCAAAGAUAAAAGCUGAGAAGCGUAAACAGCCUAAUCCAUUCAAAUUAAAAAUUAAAGAUCAGGAAUUUGGAACCAGUCUCAAAGAUUUAUUUUCUACUAUUUGGGUUCUGUUGAAGAGUCCACUAUUUAUAUGCCUAGCUCUGACCAAAGCUUCAGAAUCUUUAGUUUAUAUUGGAACUUCUGAAUUUUUGCCUAUAUAUAUAGAAAAUCAGUUUAUAUUAACACACUCUACAGCAACUAAAAUUGCAGGAUUUGUUUUACUUCCAGGAGGUGCACUUGGCCAACUUCUGGGAGGUAUCAUUGCUUCCAUGUUACACAUGUCUUGUAAAGCCCUUAUGAGAUUUGUAAUGGUUACAUCUGUUAUAUCACUUAUAUUCUUUGGGUUUGUAAUUUUUGUACACUGUGAUCCAGUACCACUUGCUGGGAUCAAUGAAGAUUAUGACGGAACAGGACACUUGGGAAACCUGACAGCUCCUUGCAAUUCUCAUUGUAAAUGCUCAUCUUCAUUUUAUUCUGCUGUCUGUGGAAGAGAUAAUAUUGCAUAUUUUUCUCCUUGCUUUGCAGGCUGUACACAAUCCAAAACAUUUAAUUAUCACAAGGCAUACUACAAUUGUUCUUGCAUUCAAGAAGGAUUAACAACCUCAGAUGAUCAAGGUGAUUUUAUUGAUGCAAGACCUGGGACAUGUGAUACAAAGUGCUAUAAAUUACCUUUGUUUGUUGCUUUUAUCUUCUCUACGAUUUUAUUUUCUAUUUUUUCUCGGAUACCAAGCACCCUGACCAUCCUUCGGAUUGUACCAGACAAUCAGCGUUCUUUGGCCUUGGGUCUGACCUAUGUGAUUUUGAGAAUAUUUGGGACUAUACCUGGACCAAUACUUUUUAGAACGGCAGGAGACACUUCUUGUAUCUUUCGGGUGACUGAAUACUGUGGAAACAAAGGAAAUUGUUGGAUCUAUAAUAAGUUAAAAAUGGCCUACCUUAUGGUAGGAAUAUGUUCUAUUUGCAAAUUAAUCACUAUCUUCUUCACCGCUAUUGCAUUUUGCCUAUAUAAAUGUUUAUCAGAGGAAAACAAUGACACGCUGCAUAUACCUGUGAAGAAUCUAAAAGGUGUGAAGCAUAGGAGGAAUGGAGGAUUUAGAAAAGGAGAUGAGUUCAAUUUUGAAUAUAUUGAUUUUGAGGUACCAAUGAGACAGCCAAGUGCCAUUUGGCAGUUGAAGAUAAAGAUGUAA